GACCACCAUGGCAGAGGCUGUCCAAAACCACGUCAAGUCUUUAAACUGGGGUCACAGAGUCCAGCUGCAGGACAAGAAUGUGAAAUACCUGAACCUGAAAGGCAGUCUGGUGGAUGAACACACAGUUAGAGGAGUGAGCAAAGCAGGAAAAGAGACGAUCCUGACAGCCAAGAAUAUUAUAAUCGCCACAGGUGGACGGCCCAAGUAUCCAGCAAAUAUCCCCGGAGCGGUGGAGCACGGCAUCACCAGUGACGACAUAUUCUGGUUGAAGAAGUCUCCUGGAAAAACACUUGUGGUUGGAGCCAGCUAUGUGGCUCUCGAGUGUGCAGGCUUUCUCACAGGCAUCGGUUUGGACACCACAGUGAUGGUUCGCAGCAUCGCCCUCCGGGGUUUCGAUCGGCAAAUGGCAGGUCUUGUGACGGAUUAUAUGGAGGCUUAUGGGACCAGGUUUGUCUGGAACUCUGUCCCUAAAAGAGUGGACAAGCUGUCUUCAGGAGCCCUGCAGGUGAUGUGGACAGACACUGAGACGGGCUGCGAGCACAAAGACACCUACGACUCGGUGUUAUGGGCAGUUGGUAGAGCACCUGAAACUAAAACUCUUGGCCUCGACAAGCUUGGCAUCCAGCUCAACAAGGCAACGUGGAAAAUCGUUGUAGGCGCUGAUGAAUCGACGUCAGUGCCAAACAUCUUUGCUUUCGGUGACAUCAGUGAGGGUCGUCCUGAGUUGACCCCAACGGCCAUAAAAGCUGGAAAGCUCCUCGCCCGCAGGCUGGCUGGUCAGAGCACUGAGCUCAUGAACUAUGACAACGUGGCCACCACUGUGUUCACCCCCCUGGAGUACGGCUGUGUUGGUCUGUCUGAAGAGGAGGCUGAGAGGAGGCAUGGAGGAGAUGGAAUAGAGGUUUACCAUGCUUUCUACAAGCCUCUAGAAUUCACUGUUGCAGAGCGGGAUGCCAGCCAGUGUUAUGUAAAGGUGAUAUGUGAGCGAGGUGGUGAUCAGAAGAUCUUGGGUCUGCACUUCACUGGUCUAAACGCUGGAGAAGUCAUGCAGGGCUUCUCUCUGGGCUUACAGUGUGGAGCAACAUAUUCUCAGCUGCUGCAGACUGUAGGAAUCCACCCAACCUGUGCUGAGGAGGUGGUUAAGAUCCACAUCACAAAGCGCUCCGGUUUAGACCCCACAGUCACGGGCUGCUGAGGUUAAACACCUCGGCCUCUGAACACGGUGAGCACACAGGGUCUCUAUGUCAGAAAGAUGCUAGUGGGUUUAUCUCGCUCCUCUCCUUGUACCUCUCCAUUUCACUCCCGGUUUCAUCGAUUUUAUCAAGAUUAUUCACUCAUCUUAUUCCAGUGAUCCUGCUCAUCGCUGACUGGUGUCCCUGACCAGCACUGUUUCUGUCCCAUGUCCAUGUCUCAGAAGGCACACAGCAGAUUAAUGAGAGCCCCAGCUCAGAGUGAGCAUCUCUUAUCCAAACUUUCCCAUCCAUCAGAAUUCAGUCACAUUUAGGAUUUUGAGAAAAUCGCACGAGAAACGCAGAGCGAGCGUUCAGAAUAUACAUUCUGCAAAUAUUGUUGUUUCUCGGGCUGUACUUCCUGUCCAUUAGUCUUAGAGGUGACACAUACCAUACACCCCUCCCCGCCGUGACACUGAUGAAUGGCCCCAGGGCCGUCGCCGCAGCGACACCGCCCCAUUUCCCAUGGACACACAAAUAUUCAGCAGGGCGCACGUCAGUCAGCCGGAACAGGCCUCAUCCACGCAGCCCCCGMGAUUUGUUCAGGACCAGGCAGAGUCCAGCAGAGCCCCUGCCUCAUACCCACAUCCAUUCACAUGCAUGAAAAAAAGAACUACAUUACAACUACAAAUAAGAGCUGUCAAAAGCUGUAUGACUGCCACAUCCCAGAAUCACACAGUUCCUUUCUUAACCCAGCUGCAGUACCCAGACUCACCUAAAGGCGGCGCUGUUGCCCUCCAUUUCUCACAUUUUACACUGAGCCCAGAUUGAAAGACAGGAUGAGGUAGUCACUGUAUAAAACAUAAGGCUGAAUGCAUUCAGGUUGCACAUUUAAUCCCUUUAAUCCCCAUAAAAGAUCCGUGCUUCAAGAUGAAGUCUGGCUUUAUUAGUGCCAAGCUGAUAAGGUUAUCAGCUGUGUGUUUACAUGGAUGGCAGGUUAGGCCUCAGGAGUCAUCGCCUUUAAAGAUAAGGUGAGUUGUUUAUAUCAAUAAAGCAUUAAUGGACCCCACAGUUUGCCAAAAGUGCUCAACUCUUCAACCUGCUGCCUGCGCGGGACAUCUUGGCUUUAUUAAGCCGACGAAGAGGAGGAGGCGGAGGACUGUCGGGUGAAGAGCCGAAAUUGAAGAACCCGCGAGCGGGCUGCCUGCCGUGGUUUAUUUUUAUUCAAAGUCUAAUCUGCCCGCCCUGAUUAAUGAUUCUGAUGAGGGGAGUGACAGAGAUGGAGAGAUGAAAAAGAGCGAGAGCUACCAGGUUUAUUUGGGCCUGAGGAGAGAGGAGCCGAGUACCAGUCCCGGGUUGGGGAGGGAAGGGUUGUGGGGGGUAGGGGGGUGGGGGGGAUUCCUGUGUGCUCCGUUCAGGGCUGAGGUGCUGACUGAAGGACCUGACCUCCGCUCAGCAGGAACAGCUUGACUCUAUCACUUGGAGCACUGAGGGCUCAGGAGCUGCAGCGCAGCACAGCGGGGGCCUCAGAGGGCUGGAGCUGAACCGUCUGUUUGCUUUUUAGACCCUUUUUCUUCUGUUUUGUCUCAGUCUCUCUGCUAUUUAGCACCGAGCACGGCCUCACACACACACACACACACACACACACACACACACACACACACACACACACNCACACACACACACACAC